AUGACUUCUGCCAUCCGGCUCCUCGUCCAGUUCCUGCUGGCCGAUCUUCUCGCCCACGUGCUGUAUAGCUACUACUUCCACCCUCUGGCACGGUAUCCGGGACCCUUUCUGGCGCAUUUCACGAAUAUCUGGAAAUUCGCCAGCUUCCUUCGCGGCCAGCACCAUCUCACCGAAGAGAAACUGCACCAGCGCUACGGCCCGAUCGUCCGGGUCGCCCCGAACUGGCUCUCGUUCUCGCAGCUCCCGGCCUUCGAGGCCAUCUACGGCUUCCACAAAGCCAUCGAGAAGGACGACUUCUACACGUUCGGGGAGGGGCGCCGCCGCCGCCCCCAGCGCGACGUCAGCGUCUUCGCCGCGCAGUCGAACCUCGUCCACCGCCAGAAGCGCCGGAGGAUGCUGGGGCCGGCGCUGACGCGCGCCCAGAUCCGGCGCUACGAGCCGGUGAUCGUGAGGCAUGUCGCCGUGUUGGUUGGGCGGUUGGAGGAGCUGGAGCAGGAACAGGAGCAGGAACAGGAGCAAGUUGGACUUUCGGGAGAACUGAACGUGAAAGUGAACGUGGCCCCGCUCGUCCAUCGCUUCACCCUGGACGUGAUGCUGGACAUCCUCUUUGGGCCGGCGGUGGGUCCCCACCCUUACACGGACAACGAUGUCGCGGGCAACCUCGGCGCGAGCAUUCGCUACGUGAGCAAGAUGGUCUGGAGUUACUCGCUCUGGCCGCUGUUCGGGUGGCUGAUGAAUACCCGUCUGGCGGUGGCGUGUCUGCGCCGGCCGAGGUACAAUGCCGAUGGCGCGAUGGUCGGGUUGAACGGGCUCAUGCAUCGUGGUGCGGCGGCGAUUUUGAUGGGUCCGGAGGUCUUUGCGGGGGAGAGGGAUUCGCAGCCCGGGAUUGUGAAGAGCUGGCUGCUGGGGGGGUUGGGUUCGUCGGCGGAUGGUGUUGCAGAUCAUCAUCAUCAUCAGAAGAUGACGCCCGCUGAGGCCGUGUCGGAGGCCUUUAAUUUGGUGUUUGCGGGCCCCGGCAGCAUGGCGGCCGCGUUGACGGCCAUUCUCUACCAGUUGGGCCUUCCGGAGGGUCACAUCUGGCAGGAGAAGCUGCGCGCUGGCUUGGAGGGUGAGGCCCUUGAGGGCUCAACCUCGACGGAUGCUUCUUCGCUGCCGUUGUCGUCGUCGUCGUCGCUCGAGUUACAGGCCGUCAUCAAGGAGACCCUGCGCUUCCGCGCACCCUUUCCGACGGCGUUCCCGCGAGUGAUCAGGUCGGGUGCGGAGAUGGCCAUCCCGGGCCUGUCCCAUCCCCUGCCCGCUGGCACGACGGUCUCGGCCAGCACGUAUGUGCUGGGUCGGUCGCGGGAGAUCUGGGGCGAUGAUGCCGACCGAUGGGUGCCGCAGCGCUGGUUGGGUUCGGGGAGCAGCGACGACGAAGAAUCUCGCCGGCAACUGGACCGCCGGUUCGUCGCGUUCAGCAGAGGGCCCCGGGGCUGCAGUGGACGCGAUCUGGCGUCGCUUAUUCUUGCCAAGGCUGUGAGGGCGAUCGUGCAUCGGUGGAGAUUCUCUGCUGCUGCGGCUGAACUGCGGGGCUCGAGCUUCCUGGAAAUGCAGUAUGACCAGUGCCUGCUCCGAUUCGCACGGCGGUCGUCGUCCGAUUGA